AUGUUAACACCUAUAGCAGCCAGUAUGACAAAUGCAAAUGAUGGUAACGAUACGAUAAAAAGUUUAUCAUUAUCAAAUGAAAAUCAUGUUAAAUUGAAUGGUAUUACUGAUGAUGAUCAAAAUUGGAAAGCAAAAUUAAAACUACCACCAAAGGACCAUCGUCCACAAACAGAAGAUGUAACAAAAACACAAGGUCACGAAUUUUCAAGUUAUUGUUUAAAACGUGAAUUAUUAAUGGGCAUUUAUGAAAAAGGCUGGGAAAAACCGUCACCCAUACAAGAAAGUUCCAUUCCAAUUUCAUUGAGUGGUCGAGAUGUUAUUGCACGUGCAAAAAAUGGUACGGGAAAAACAGGCGCAUAUGUAAUACCAAUUAUUGAACGUAUAAAUCCAGAAAAAAAUACCAUUCAAGCAGCAAUAUUAGUACCAACACGUGAACUAGCCUUACAAACGAGUGCCAUAUGUAUGGAAUUGUCAAAACACCUUAAUUUACGUAUUAUGGUUACAACAGGUGGUAUAAAUCUAAGAGAUGACAUUGCUCGUAUUUAUGAAACAACCUGUCACAUAAUGAUUGGAACACCUGGCCGUAUUUUAGAUUUAUUGCAUAAAAAUAUUAUUGAUUUUAGUCAAUGUAGUUGUUUUGUAUUGGAUGAAGCUGAUCGUUUAUUAUCACAAGAUUUUCAAAUAAUGCUUGAUGAAAUGAUAUCAUAUUUGCCACGUGAACGACAAGUGAUGUUAUUCUCAGCUACAUUUCCGGUUGUUGUUGAACAAUUCAUCCGAAAACAUAUGAAAAAUCCUUAUGAAAUCAAUUUAAUGAAUGAAUUAACAUUGAAAGGUAUAACUCAGUAUUACGCUUUCGUCCAAGAAAAACAAAAGGUUCAUUGUUUAAACACCUUAUUUUCAAAAUUACAAAUCAAUCAGUCAAUCAUAUUCUGCAAUUCAACUCAACGUGUCGAACUAUUGGCUAAGAAAAUAACUGAACUGGGUUAUUCAUGUUAUUAUAUUCAUUCAAAAAUGCGUCAGGAACAUCGUAAUCGUGUUUUUCAUGACUUUCGAAAUGGUUUAUGUCGAAAUUUGGUGUGUUCUGAUUUGUUUACACGUGGUAUCGAUAUUCAAGCUGUUAAUGUUGUGAUUAAUUUUGAUUUUCCGAAAUUAUCUGAAACUUAUCUUCAUCGUAUUGGUCGAUCUGGUCGUUUUGGUCAUUAUGGUAUUGCUAUCAGUCUUAUCACAUAUGAUGAUCGAUAUGCAGUACAUCAAAUUGAACGAGAAUUAGGUACAGAAAUUCAACCAAUUCCAAGACAAAUUGAUCCAUCAUUGUAUGUAGCCAAACAAACAGCUGAUGAUGAUAAUCAGUACCCAAGAAACAACGAUAAUCAUGAACAAACAACGUCUGAUAAAGAAAAUAAGUUAGAUACAACAGAAAAUAAAUAA